GGUCCUCUAGCGCUCAUUGGUGGGAGGGCGGGGCCUGUGGCUGCGGGAGGCGGGGCCUGGCUGGAAAAGCCGCCAAAUUGGGCAUCUAUUCGGAGAACGAAGAGCCGAGUUGGACAGCGAAAUGAAGGGCCUGAUAACGUGGCGGCCCGCGCUCCUGCCGCUCCUGCUGCUGCUGUUGCUCAGGCGGGGGGCGCGCGGGAAGCCGUCUCCUGACGCGGGCCCCCAUGGCUCGGCGAGGGUGCACCAGGAGGCGCCCCUGAGCGAGGCCCCUCAUGAUGACGCCCACGGGAACUUCCAGUACGACCAUGAGGCUUUCCUGGGACGGGAAGUGGCCAAGGAAUUCGACCAGCUCAGCCCAGAGGAGAGCAGAGCCCGCCUGGGGCGAAUCGUGGACCGCAUGGACCGCGCCGGGGACGGGGAUGGCUGGGUGUCGCUGGCCGAACUUCGCUCGUGGAUCGCGCACACGCAACAGCGGCACAUACGCGACUCGGUGAGCGCGGCCUGGGACACGUACGACACGGACAGCGACGGGCGUGUGGGUUGGGAGGAGCUGCGCAACGCCACCUAUGGCCACUACGCGCCCGGUGAAGAAUUUCACGAUGUGGAGGACGCUGAGACAUACAAGAAGAUGCUGGCUCGGGAUGAGCGGCGUUUCCGGGUGGCUGACCAGGACGGGGACUCGAUGGCCACUCGGGAGGAACUGACUGCCUUCUUGCAUCCUGAGGAGUUCCCACACAUGCGGGACAUCGUGAUCGCAGAAACCCUGGAGGAUCUGGACAAGAACAAAGAUGGCUACGUCCAAGUGGAGGAGUACAUCGCUGAUCUGUACUCUGCGGAGCCUGGGGAGGAGGAGCCCGCCUGGGUGCAGACCGAGCGGGAGCAGUUCCGGGACUUCCGGGAUCUGAACAAGGAUGGGCGACUGGAUGGCAGUGAAGUCGGCCACUGGGUGCUGCCCCCUGCCCAGGACCAGCCUUUGGUGGAGGCCAACCACUUGCUGCAUGAGAGCGACAUGGACAAGGACGGGCGUCUGAGCAAAGCUGAGAUCCUGGGCCACUGGAACCUGUUUGUGGGCAGCCAGGCCACCAACUACGGGGAGGACCUGACACGGCACCAUGACGAGCUCUGAGCUCCGAGCCCCCGCGUGCCCACUGCAGCCUUGUGCCCCAUGGGAUGAACUGAGGAGGGUCCCCAGGACAGGGGCCCCUCUCCGUCCAGCCCUGCAGGAUGCGGACACCCCCCCCUUGUCCCCCUGCCCCUGGGCUCACAGGGACCCACUCAGUCACCUUCUCUCCCUGAGAUACCACAAUCCCUCCCAGGUCCCUCUUCCCCACCCCAGGGGCUCACAGGCCCAAAGGGUGAGUGACCUCCCACUUCUACUGGGAGAAUCUCCCAGCCUUCCUAGGGCUCCCCCACCAAGCUCAGCCUCCCAAAGCCCCCACUGAGCACCCCAGCUCCAAACCCGAACCUCACACCACAGAGACAGACACACUGCCUAGCCUGGCCGGCGCUAGCCCUCUGGCAUGUGCCCACGGAUGCCUCUCUGCCAGGAAGACAAUAAACCAGUGCUGGGGUCCCA